AUGGAUACCUCUGCGCUACUCGGUAGGCUGGAACGAUUGAGCCGGGAAGUUUCUACUCUAAGGGGAGCUCUUGAAACGCAGGCAAGCGUGAGCGAAAACCUCGGGGCGGCUACUGCGGCUCUGGAUCGCCGGAUGACGGUUAUUGAGGAGACCCGUGGAUCCCCUGGCCGGGCUGGUGCUCGCGCCCAUCUCUGCAGAGAGAGAACGCAGGGAUCGGCGGGUCUUGCCCGCCAGUCACCGGGAGAGGCUACGCGUAGGCCUACCCAACCUCUGUCCCCAGCAUGGAAUAUUGUCUUGAAGGAAGGGAAGCGUAAGCCUCAGAAGCCCCUAAAAGUCGCAAUGCAACCGAAACCUGGCGGUAUGCAGACCCGUCUAAAGCGAGAGCACAAAAUGGGGAUAGUUGGUACCGAUGUGCAGCAGCUGUUGGUAGUUAAAAAAGAGCAGCCGGAGUGUAGCUCCAGUGUGGACCAGCAGGAGCCAGAGCCCCCCCCACACAUUAAAGAGGAACAGGAGGAACUGUGGAGCAGUCAGGAGGGAGAGCAGCUUCAAGGGCUGGAGGAGGCUGAUAUCACCAAGUUCCCAUUCACUCCUGUCCCUGUGAAGAGGGAAGAUGAUGAAGAGGAAGCUCAGUCCUCACAGCUUCAUCAAAGACAAACUCAACACAUGGAAACAGAAGCUGAUGGAGAGGACUGUGGAGGACCAGAACCAGCCAGGAACUCACAUCCACAUCCACUUCUACAACCAGAGACUGAGGACCAGACUGGAGACUCUUCUGAUCCUGAGACUGAUGACAGUGCUGAUUGGAAGGAGACCAGAGAACCUCAGUCAGCUUUAAACUCUCUGAAACAUGAUUCAAGACGUAAGAAAACAUUCAGCUGCUCUGAGUGUGAGAAAAUAUUUGGCCAAAGGGCACAUCUGAAGAGACACAUGAUUACUCACACAGGAGAAAAACCUUUUAGAUGCUCAGUCUGCAACAAAUGUUUUACACAACGUGGACAUUUACAAAAACACACGAGAAUCCACACAGGAGAGAAGCCUUUUAGCUGCUCUGAGUGUAAUAAAGCUUUUUCUGAUGGUGGAACCCUGAAGACCCACAUGAUGACUCAUUCUGGAGAAAAAACUUUCAGCUGCUCAGUUUGUAAGAAAACUUUUUUAAUGUCUGGAAUUUUACGGUUACACAUGAGAAUCCACACAGGAGAGAAACCUUUCAGCUGUAGUGUUUGUAAUAGAUCUUUCAGACAUAGUGGAAGUUUACAGUCACACAUGAGAAUCCACACAGGAGAGAAACCUUUUAGCUGCUCAGAGUGUGGUAAAGCUUUCACUGAACAUUUACCUCCAGACAUUCUGGAAGUGAUUAUUGGUGAAGAGGAGCAGCAGGAGUUGGUUGGUAAAGAAGAGCAGGAGCCAGAGCCCCCCCCACACAUUAAAGAGGAACAGGAGGAACUGUGGAGCAGUCAGGAGGGAGAGCAGCUUCAAGGGCUGGAGGAGGCUGAUAUCACCAAGUUUCCAUUCACUCCUGUCUCUGUGAAGAGUGAAGAUGAUGAAGAAUAUGCUCAGUCCUCACAGCUUCAUCAGAGACAAACUCAACACAUGGAAACAGAAGCUGAUGGAGAGGACUGUGGAGGACCAGAACCAGCCAGGAACUCGCAUCCACUUUUACAACCAGAGACUGAAGACCAGACUGGAGACUCUUCUGAUCCUGAGACUGAUGACAGUGCUGAUUGGAAGGAGACCAGAGAACCUCAGUCAGCUUUAAACUCUCUGAAACAUGAUUCAAGAUGUAAGAAACCAUUCAGCUGCUCGGAGUGUGGGAAAAGAUUUGGCCGCAAGUCACAUUUGAAGAUACACAUAAUAUCUCACACAGGAGAAAAACCUUUUAGCUGCUCCGUGUGUAGGAAAUCUUUUACACAGAGUGGAGAUUUACGGAAACACAUGAGAAUCCACACAGGAGAAAAACCUUUCAGCUGCUCAGUUUGUAAUUCAUCUUUCACACAGAGUGGAAGUUUACAGAAACACAUGAUAACCCACACAGGAGAAAAACCUUUCAGCUGCUCAGUUUGUAAGAAAUCUUUCACACAGAGUGGAAAUUUACAGUCACACAUUAGAAUCCACACAGGAGAAAAACCUUUCAGCUGCUCUGAGUGUGGAAAAGCUUUUACUGAAAGUGGACACCUGAAGAACCACAUGAUGACUCAUUCUGGAGAAAAACCUUUCAGCUGCUCAGUCUGUAAGAAAUUAUUUACACACAGUGGAGCUUUAAAGAUGCACAUGAGAACUCACACAGGAGAAAAACCUUUCUGCUGCUCUGAGUGUGAUAAAACUUUCACCGAAAGUGGACACCUGAAGAAACACAUGAGAACUCACACAGGAGAGAAGCCUUUUAGCUGCUCAGUCUGUAAGACAUCUUUUACACAGAGUGGAAAUUUACAAAAACACAUGAGAAUCCACACAGGAGAAAAACCUUUUUAG